AUGGCUCUGCAAAUCAACGAAGGAGGCUCUUGUUCUACGACCCGAUUCAUUUAUGACGUUUUCUUGAGCUUUAGAGGUGAAGAUACUCGCUAUAAUUUUACCAGUCAUUUAUAUAAGGCUUUAUGUGACAAAGGUUUUAACACCUUUAUUGAUGAUGAUAAUCUUCAAAAAGGAGAAGAAAUUUCAAUAGAGCUUCUGAAAGCGAUAGAAUUGUCAAUGAUUUCGAUUGUCGUAUUUUCUGAAAAUUUUGCAUCUUCAACUUGGUGUUUGAAUGAGCUUGUCAAAAUUCUUGAAUGCAAAAAUUUUGGCCAAAUAGUUCUGCCUGUUUUUUACAAAGUAAAUCCAUCGGAAGUACGUAAACAAGAGGGAAAGUUUGGGAUUGCACUAACUAAACAUGAAGAAAAACAUAACAAAGAUAAGGUUCAGAGUUGGAGGGCAGCUUUAACCAAAGCAACUGAUUUGGUUGGAUUCUCUUACAAGGAUGGUUGCUUUGAAUCUGAAACUCAAAUUAUCAAAAGAAUUAUAAAAGAGAUAUCAAGUACCAAAUCAAAUCGGACACAACUAUUUGUUGCUAAAUAUCCAGUUGGAAUAGAUUCUCGUGUGGAGGAGAUAGAAUUGCUUUUGGACACAAAGUCAAAUGGUGUUCGCAUGCUAGGGAUUCAUGGUCUUGGGGGAGUAGGUAAAACUACAAUUGCAAAAGCUGCUUAUAAUAGAAUAUUUAAUCAAUUUGAUAGGAGCUGCUUUCUAGAGAAUGUUAGAGAAAAGUCAUGGACAACCAAUGGCAUAAUCCAACUACAAGAGACACUUCUUUCUAUGAUAUUACAAGACACAUAUUUAAAGGUGGACAAUGUUCCCAAAGGAAUUGAACUGAUAAUGGAUAGGCUUUGUCAUACAAGGCUUCUUUUAAUUCUUGAUGAUGUGGAUGAAUCGAUCCAUAUAGAAAAUUUGCUUGGAAGAUGUGACUGGUUUAGUUCGGGAAGUAGAAUUAUUAUAACAACAAGAUACAAACAAGUGCUAACCACUCUUGGAAAAGAUCAUCUAGCUUAUGAGGUUAAGAAAUUGAAUCAAUGUGAAGCUCAUGAACUCUUCAGCUGGCAUACCUUCCAAAUGAAUAAACUAGGGGAAGACUAUUCAAAAGUUGCAAAGCAAAUUAUACAUUAUGCCAAUGGUCUUCCAUUAGCACUAACAAUAAUAGGUUCUGAUUUGUGUGGAAAAAGUAUAGAUAAAUGGGAAAAUGCAUUAGAAAAGUACAAAAACAUUCCUCACAAAAAAAUUCAAGAAAAGCUCAAAAUAAGUUAUGAUGGAUUGGACAAAACUGAAAAGGAUAUUUUUCUCCAUAUUGCUUGUUUUUUCAAGGGAUUUGAGAAGGAUUACGUUACAAAUAUACUAGAAACUUGCAAUUUAUAUCCACGUGAUGGUAUUUGCAAGCUUAUCGAUAAGUGUCUCAUAACUGUUAAUCAAUGGGGCAUAUUGUCAAUGCAUGACUUGUUACAACAAAUGGGCAGGGAAAUCGUUCAACAAGAAUCUGAACAACCUGAAAAUCGUAGUAGGAUAUGGUGUUAUGAGGAUGCUUAUGAAGUGCUAACUAGAAAUUUGGGGUCUGAUAAACUUCAAGCAAUGAUAUUGCACUCACCAAAACCAAUAACUAUAAAAUUGCAGAGUGAACCUUUUGAAAGGAUGAAAAAUCUUAAAUUUCUUUUAGUUAAAAACGUACACAUCUGUGAAGAAUUUCAAUAUCUCCCUAAUGGGUUACGGUUACUUGAAUGGCCUGGAUUUCCUUUUUCCUGGCCAUCUAAAUAUUGUCCUCAAAAGCUUGUUGCACUCAAUAUGGGAAGGAGUAAUCGCAUUAGAAUGGAGACAAUAUUCAAGCAGCUAUGGAAAUGGGACCUCGCAUUCUGUGAUAGUCUUCAAAAUCUUCCAAACAACCUCAGGUUGAAAUCGCUCAAAGAGUUUAAUCUUUCUGGAUGCUUUAAGCUUGAGAAAUUCCCCAAUGUUCAUCCAGAAAUGAAACGUUUAAAGAAUUUAGAUUUAUCUCUAAGUGGCAUCAGAGGGUUGCCUUCAUCAAUCGGGUAUCUUACUGCGUUAGAAAGCCUUGAUAUACAAAAUUGCAAGCAGCUACAACAAAUUUUGAGGCUUCCACAAUUUAUAAAACGUGUAGAAGCAAGUAACUGUCCGUCAUUAGAUGCACAAUCCUCAAGCAGAUUAUUGAAUCAGAUUGGAGAAAUUAUAUGUGAAGGAGAAAGAAGCUACAUAUUUGUGGAUCCACCGUCAUUAUUAAGUAGAUAUUUGUUCCUUGAUGAUACGGAUAAGCGUACUUUGAAAAUUAGGGGAGAUUUCUUCUGUUUGGAUGAUACGGAUAAUCGUAGUUUUAGAGUACCAGGUACAGAGAUUCCAAGGUGGUUGAAUUCCAAGCAUCAAAAUGUUGGAAAUUCCAUAUCAUUCUGUGUUGGUCGCAAAUUUCCAAAUGUUUUUGCCGUCUAUUUUGCUUUUGGACAGGUGCUGGAAUUAUCCUCGAGUCCAGGUUUUGGUUUCUGGGUUUACCUCUCCAUUAAUGGUUUUGAAAAAGUUUGGAUUAAUAGCAUUUCGCUUCGUCGUUAUGCUUCUGAUACAGUGUGGAUAUUUUCUAGAUCACAUCUCAAAUUGCAGAAGCUAUUAAAUGAAUCAAAUCCAUCUGAUUACAAUCACGUUGAGGUUACAUAUGAAUGGGACAACAACAAUGGUUCUUUUGAGCUUAGAAGGUGGGGGGUCAAUGUAGAAUGUAUCUGUUGUCCUCAAAAAUAUAGUAUUUCGUCUUCAAUGGCCCUUACCCUUGCUGACAAUGAUUCUGACUCUGAUCUCAAUCUACCAUUAAAGAAGAGGAGAAAAUAUUGA